GCUCACUGCGGGCAGGUAGCGGGCUCCUGAUGAAGCACCUGUCUCAGGUGUGCUCAGCCUCAUGCCUCUGCUGUUUACGUGUGAGAGGUGAGCGGAGACAGUCUGUGAGAGGCAGCACCUCCUCACGGUCCAAACUCAGGGUUCAAGCUCAGGGUUCAUCCUCAGGGUUCAUACAUGUUCCUGCUCAAAAUGAAGGUGCCAGCGGAGGAACUAAUGGGCGACAUAUUGAAGCGUCUGACGGGCGAGUCCGCGCUGCCUGUGUACAGCAACAUAGAGAAGUUCAGACGAGCUAAAGACGGCCUGUACUUCGUCGCUGAGGACUUCAACGAAACGGUGAAAAAGAGGGAGCUGGUCAACGCCAAGGAGCGGCUGAGAAUCCGGAACUUGAACACUAUGUUCUCACGCUUGAAGCGUAUGGUGCCACUAAUGCGACCAGACCGGAAACCCAGUAAAGUGGACACACUCAAAGCUGCAACUGAAUACAUUCGAUUGCUUGUUGGAGUUUUGCAAGACACUGACAGUCAUGAUGGCAGUGGCACUGAUUUCCUAAAGAAUGCAAUCACUUAUGGUCAGACUGAAGGUUUGAGCAAUGACCUAUGGAGAAUGGAUGAUCUUUUGAACAUGUCAGAUGAGUGCAUGGAAGAUGGAUUCACUCUGCCUCCAGAACCAGUAACAGAGGACGGAGACAUGACCAGACUGGUGUUGCAACAUUGUGCAAUGCCUGCAUACCAGUUCAUCAUCCAAGUAGCACCUGACCAGACUUCGAUGUCUCAACACUGCUGAGUGAUGUGUAGAGCAGAUGGCUUGAACUAAUACUGGAAACAUGCCAGGGGCCUUUUGCUUUGAAGAAAGGAUUUUUCCAGAAGAAAUUUUUUUAUUUGUUUUAU